ACUGCUUCAAAGCUGAAUUACUGAUACGAGUACCGCCAUCCCUACUUUCAAACCUUCGCCCGUGGAGUAGCUUCCGCCCACAACCAAGAUGGCCCCUGAAUUGCCCCCCUGUCAACGGGCCCUGAUCCAAUCCUCGACCCCGGGGAUUCUCGAGUUUACCCGGACACGGCCCAUACCGGUACUGUUACCGAACCAGGUGCUCAUCCAUGUGGCCGCAGUGGCCCUGAACCCGUGCGAUUGGAAGAUGCCCACAAACUUUCCUUGUCCAGGUGCCGGAGUCGGAUCAGAUUUCUCGGGCACAAUCAUCCAGGUCGGACAGAGAGUAUCACUAGACACGUACGGCGUCAAAGUGGGUGACCGUGUGGCAGGCGCUGCCCACGCGUCUAACCGUCUGCAGCCGCAGGGCGGAGCGUUUGCCGAAUACAUUGCAGCGUACGCUGACCAGAUCUGGCGGGUUCCGGAUGAGAUGGGCUUCCCAGAGGCUGCUGCGAUAGGCCUUUGUGUCGCAGGAACGGUUGGGCUGGCAGCUUUCCACGAACGCCAUCUGGCACUGCCAGGCUCUCCCGAGAGGCCGCUGAACCGCGGAGACGAGAAGAUGAAGAAGCCAUGGGUGCUUGUGUAUGGAGGAAGCACCGCGAGUGGAACGUUGGCCAUUCAGUUAUUAAAGCUAUCUGGCUUUCGCGUCAUUACCACCUGCUCGCCAGCCAACUUUACCCUGGUUGAGUCAUAUGGUGCGGAAAAGGCGUUCGACUAUCACUCGCCAACGCUCACCGAGUCGAUUCGUGCUUACACAAACAACAGCUUGAGCUAUGUAAUGGACAUCAUAGCGAGUGCUACAUCCCUGCGGCAGUGCUAUACCAGCAUUGGACGUGCCGGUGGCCGCUAUGUUGGCUUCGAGCUGGUUCCAGACGAGCUGGCACAGACACGGAGGGCUGUCCAGGCCAGUUGGGUAUUGGGGAUUCGGAUGUCCGGCUCAGAGAUUGCGCUGGAAGGAGGGUACGGCAGUCCCGCCGACCCUGAGUUGAGAGCCUGGGGAUGUGAGUUGUUCAAGAGGCUGGAGAGAUUGAUUUGGGAGGGUAAGAUCCGCCCACAUCCGGUUGAGCUGGAUAGCACGAGUGGGUUCGAUGGGAUUGUGAAGGGUGUGGAGAGGUUGAAGAAGGGAGAGGUCUCUGGAAAGAAGCUGGUCUUUAUGCUCAAGUAAGCUAAAGUUGCGCGAUCGUGGUCAGCAUCUACUUCUCACACGGGACUGAGAAGGGUUUCUGAGGUCGACAUGGGACGCCACCACCGUAGAUCUUGAUGUAGGACAACGCACGUAUUACAGUCCUUGCUCAUGUAUUAAGAGUUUCAAAACAGUCAGCUCGCAGAGUAUGGGCUCUCCGCUUUUCAUUGGCAUCAGGAUACUCGAGAUCACUUCGGAUGUGAGCCUAAAGGACCAGUUCAAUGUAACCAUUGAACUCUUGG